AUGGCAUUGCGUGCCGCCACACUCUUUACUUCUGCAGCUGCGCUGGUCGCCGCAGCAGACCCAACAUUGAAGCUCAAGACUUAUAUCGAUUCUCUCAAGCUUGAAGGCGACUUCGACCCUGUCAUCGAAGCGUACUGGACCGGCCUCGCCCAUCACCGCAGAAGUCCCUUCGCUGUGUCACCGGAUGGCAAAACGGGAUAUCUCGCCUACCUGAGCAGCAGCGGUAGUGGUGUGCAAGUUCAACAUGUUGAUCUGACGACCUUCGCUGGAACCGGUUCGUCUGUCACCAUCGACAAUGUCAAGGAAGCUGGUGGACUUGUCGGACACAAUGAUGGAUUCGCCCUUCUUGGUAACGAGCCGCUUGCAAACAACGUCCAGAAUGCACCACCAGACGGGACCCCAGUUCCAGCUAUCUACAGGUAUACCAACGGCGAGCAGACUUUCAAGACCUUCGUCGCUGGACCAGGUGUUCACGAGCGAGAUGGACUUUCCAUGUCUCCAGAUAUGAACGGAGACCUGGUCUGGUCGGAGGAGGCGCAGCUUUACGGUGCCUACUUUGUGAUCACGAACUACGAAGGCGACGCUACAGGCCACUUCGGCGACAGCAUCCAAUAUGUCAACUCCAAUGGUACGCUCGAAGUUAUCGAAGGAGCGUCCAGCUCAUGGGGCUGCUCUCACAACACCGGUAUCGCGUUCGAAGCCGCCGAUGAAGCUCCAUUCGCCAGCAUCUGCGCUGAGGACCAAGGCGCCAUCUGGCUCAACACCAAGGGCCAAGGAAUGUCCACCAUCGGCACCAAGAUCUCCAACGAGAAAGUCAUCAACGGCGCAUGCAAUGAGGCCAUGGGUGGCAUGUCUGGCUCGUACUCCUCCCUCGCUCGCUUCAUCAACAGCACCUCGUACGCCUUCACUUGGGUCUCCCGUGGCGCAGUUGAGCUCGUCGCCAACGAAUGGAUGGGCGAUGGCUACACCUCCGCCAAGAACCGCACCAACGGGCGCCGUGUUGCUAUCUCCGUCUUGUCGGACAAGUUGACCACCCCAGCAGCCUCCUCUGAGGUUGGUGCCGUCGGAGACUCCCAGGUCAAUUGGAUCACACCUGAAAUUGGCCCUGAUCGCAGCAACGCGCAUGUCGCAGCUUUCGACUCUGAAUACGCGCUUGUGACUUGGGAACAAAUUGAUUCUCCUUUCUGCGAGUUUGAAGCAAUGGGCUGCCGAGGCACUUUCUCCGGCACAUACUUCCAGUUGGUGAACAGCAAAGGCGAGGCAAUUGGCGAGCCACUCAAGGAUAUGGACACCUACGUCGCAGGAGACAUGGUCACCAUGGCUGAUGGACGAAUCUGCUGGCCGUAUGUCAGCAUGACCUGGUUGUUGCAUGAGCAGUCUGUGAGACAGACUGAGAUGAUCAGGAACGCGACGAGCGUGAGCUUUGCGUGUAUGAGUCUGGUGUAA